CCCUCCCUCCCUCCCUCCCUCCCUCGGAGCUGGCUUUGCGGUUGCCUUCCUUUCGCAAGGAAAGGGAAGGUGUGUGUUGUUUUCACCGCGACAAAUCCGUAUUUGUUGCCCAGGUGAGAGGGGGCCCUUCCCUCCCUGCUGGCCAGGGGCAGGGUGCCCUCCCCCUCCCCCUCCCCCUUGCCUGGAAUUGAGAGAGAGAAAGAAGGAGAGAAAGAAAGAGAAAGGAAGAAAGAAAGAAAGAAAGAAGGGAAGAAACCAGGAAAUGCGGCUUCUGCCGGAGAGGCGAUGGGCAACCAGUGCGGAGGCGCCUGUGCUGGGAAAGGGAGCUGUCCUUCGCCGUUCAAGAGAAAGAAAGAAAAACCAGGAUCCAGAAUCGACAAGAAGAGUAUUCAGCGCCCAGAGAGCAAAAAGGGCCUUGAGGUGGCUCCGGUUUACGACGAGGUCUCCGAGUUCCCGGUCUACGCUAGUGUGAGCAAGCCCAAGCCCUCCAAGCGCGAGGACAGCAGCGUCCACUAUGCGGACAUCCAGGUUUUCAGCAAAGUCCGGGAACGUUCGGCCGGCGAGGUGAAAGGCCUGCAGAGCCAGGCCGCCACCGAGUACGCCACUCUCAACUUCCCUCGCGUCGCCCCGAAAUACGACAGCAAGAACGGGACGCUGGUGUAGUUUUCCCUCUUGCUCUGGUCUCCAUCUUCUAUAUAUAUAAAAGGGUACUGGAAUCACGGCACCGGACAAAAGAACUAAACUAAAUGCCCCACAACCUCGAAAAUUGACAGCACAACCUCUCAUCCACGCCUCUACGUUCAUACAACAAAAAGAAAAGAAAAAUAAAGUCCUAGCCACAGCAACGCGUGGCCGGGCACGGCUAGUUAUUAUAUCUAUCUAUCUAUCUAUCUAUCUAUCUAUCUAUCUAUCUAUCUAUCUAUCUAUCUCAACCUGGAUCUUGUGCCGGAUGUCCGGACACGUUUGACAUCUCCAGCACUUGUGACCCUUUUGGAGACUUUCUUCUUUCCGAGAUAUCUACCCAAACUGUUUCUCGGGUGUGCCAAGAAAAAGACUAUUUGGGACAUAAUAACAGGAGACCAACCUAAAGACAGUGGAGCUUCUCUUGUUGUCCCUUUUUGGUACGAGAUGGAACGGACAGAACUGGAAGCCUUGGAGCCCAAAGCGCUGAUUUCUGGGCAGACGAAGGGUGCAUCUAGACUUUAGUUUUAUACCAUUUUGAUUGCUCCGACUUUUGGGCAGAGAUGGCUAAAGACCUUGCGGAACUACAACUCCCAGGAUCCCAUCACAUGGAUCCAUGGCAGUUUAAAGCGACAUCAAACCACAUUCAUUCUACAGUGUGGAUGCCCAUUUAUAAUGAGUCAUAAUAAUAUAAUAUACUUUAUUUAUAUUGAGCCCUCAAUGGCGCGGCGGGUUAAACUGAGUUGCAGGACUUGCUGACCGAAAGGUUAGCAGUUUGAAUCCGGGGAGCGGGGUGAGCUCUCGCUGUUAGCCCCAGCUUCUGCCAACGUAGCAGUCCGAAAGCAUGCGAAUGUGAGUAGAUCAAUAGGUACCGCUCCAACGGGAAGAUAAUGGUGCUCCAUGCAGUCAUGCCAAUGGACACAUGACUUUGGAGAUGACUAUGACAACGGCGGCUCUUUCGGUCUGCUAGGUGGGCAGGUGAACUGGGGCUGACGGGGGGGUGCUCACCCCGACCUGGGCUCGAACUGCCGACCUUUCAAUCGGCAGGAUUUUCAGCAGCAUAGCGGUUUAACCCAUUGUGCUAAGCCCAACCUCUUUAUGCCACUUAUCACAUCCUUGCUAAAAGCGGUACCUAUUUACCUACUCGCAUUUCUGCUUUCGAUCUGCUAGAUGGGCAGGUGAGCUGGGGCUGAAGGCGGGUGCUCACCCCAACCCGGGCUUGAACUGCCAACCUUUCAAUCGGCAGGAUUUUCAGCAGCAUAGCGGUUUGGCCAAUUGUGCUAAGUCCAACCUCUUUAUGCCACUUAUCACCUCCUCGCUAAAAGCAGUACCUAUUUACCUACUCACAUUUCUGCUUUCGAUCUGCUAGGUGGGCAGGUGAGCUGGGGCUGAAGGCAGGUGCUCACCCCAACCCGGGCUUGAACUGCCAGCCUUUCGAUUGAUGGGAUUUUCAGUAGCAUAGCGGUUUAGCCCAUUGUGCUAAGCUCAACCUCUUUAUGCCACUUAUCACCUCCUCGCUAAAAGUGGUACUUAUUUACCUACUUGCAUUUCUGCUUUUGAUCUGCUAGGUGGGCAGGUGAGCUGGGGCUGAAGGCGGGUGCUCACCCCAACCCGGGCUUGAACUGCCAGCCUUUCAAUUGGUAGGAUUUUCAGCAGCAUAGCGGUUUAGCCCAUUGUACUAAGCUCAACCUUUUUAUGCCACUUAUCACAUCCUUGCUAAAAGCGGUACUUAUUUACCUACUCGCAUUUCUGCUUUCGAUCUGCUAGGUGGGCAGGUGAGCUGGGGCUGAAGGCGGGUGCUCACCCCGACCCGGACUCGAACUGCCGACCUUUCAAUCGGCAGGAUUUUCAGCAGCACAGCGGUUUAGCCUUUUUAUGUCACUUAAGGACAUGUAUUUCUGUAUCGAGGACACUUUCAAUAUUACAUAUCUCAAUGGAUGAAUUGUAAUAGAUUUUAGAGGUUUGGCCGGAAUUAAAUGUUUUGAUUCUACUCCAAACUCUGUGAUUGAUGUAAAUGACAUUUUGCUGCAGCUCAACUCCAGAAGAAUAUGUUGAAUCCUUUUUUGUGCUUAUCCAUGUUUACCUUACAUUUUGAGCUUUAAGGCCAUUAAAUAAGAGACAUAACUGAUAAAGAUGCAUUAUUUGUAGGCUGUGAGGAAUGGUGGGAGUUGAAGUCCAAAACACCCGGAAGGCCAAAGUUUGCCCAGGCCUGGUCUAAAGCAACCGCAAAGCUGAAAAUGCACAGAAAUCUGUAUAUAUAUCUUUAUUAUUCUGAUUUGUACAAUAAAGAGCUGGAUAAGAAA